GCUAUUCGCGAUGAACACAACGACGGCAGGAGUUGUCAUAAUGUACGGCGGUCUCACGCAACUGAUUGCGGGCGUCAUGGAAUUUGUUCGUGGAAACACGUUUGGCUGUACAAUUUCCACUAGCUUUGGUGCCUUUUGGUUGGCGACGGCUAUGGUGUGGAUUUUACCGCAGAAGAACCCGGGCACGCCUUAUGCGUCUCUGCAAGGGGCGGAGGAUGGAUUGGUCGGUAUCAACGCCUUUUUGUGGGCACUUAUUCUUUUUAUCGGAUUUUUGUCUUCUCUUUGCGAGCCGCUUGCAGUCACUAUGGUUUUCUUUACAGGAUUCCUCUUCAUCGUGACUCAGAGCAUUGCUUUAUGGGCGAAUAGCAGCGUUAUGUUGCAGGUCGCCGGUUACGAGGGAAUGAUCUGCGGCGUCAUUGCCUUUUACUGUGGCAUUGCAAUGACGUUGAAUGAUGCCCACAAAAGAACACUGCUGCCCUUGUUCCCUCCAUGUAUUAGGAGGGUUAAGAGUUAA